UUAACAUAUUUGCUCCUUUUAUAAAUAAUUUUUAUGUCUGGUUUCCACUAUAUUUUCCGCCAUUUCCUUAUUACCUGUGGACCUGUGUUUGAUAUGGAGCCUUAAAACAUUUUUUUAAUCUCCUUUUUUGGAAUCGCUAAAUAAUUUACAGCCCUGCCUGCACUUUCUUAGAGCUCACCUGACAGGAGGUUUCUCGGACUAGUACGUGCAGGGAACAAGGGUUUCUUCUUAAAACCUAAAGCUGUGUAUUAUUACUGAUCGGCUCAGGUUUUUUUUUUAUAUAUAGUGUCCAGUAUUUUCCUCUUAACGCUUUUAUAUAAUCUGUUGAAAUUGAUCGAAUUCACUUGAUCUGAUCGCGUUUCCAUAACAGGGGAGAGGUACCAUGUCAGGGCCGAACAGCGAUCAUGUGCAUCGGUCGACUCUGGGAGUAUACGCGUUUUGGCGAACCAGUCACGUUUAAAAUGCAGACACGAUCACCGACAAUCACGACUAAUUUAGAGAGGAGGAGCCCCCUCUGCGCCUCGGAAAUUCUCUGCUAGGCUCUGAACAUUUUGGAUCAGUUCAACCCCUUCUUGCAAAAACUUGUCGGUCUCGGUAACAGUUACGUGCAGGCUUUCCAAGCCUUGGCUGUAACCAGUAAGGCCUACUUUGAUGCCUUGGCCAAGAUGGGUGAGCAAGCCCUUCGAAGCAGCUCAUCCUACUCACUAGGGGACAUCUUAAUCGAGAUCUCCGAGAAUCAGAGAAGACUCAUGGCUGAACUGGAGCCCGUCUUUCGUUGGUUUCAUACUGAUGUGUUGCAGGAGAUGGACAGUAAUAUCAAGAUGGAUAAAGAUUACAUAUCGGCCUGCAAGAGGCGCUAUGAGAUGGAGGUGAGAUGCCAGGCAGCAGCUCUGGAGAAGCAGCUGAAAAGAGGCUCUCAGAGAAACACCCAGAGCAGCAGCAGCUACAUGCAGUUCCUUUGGCAGAGCCAGCAGGAGGCGUUGAAAGAGGAGGAGAGGAGGUUCCGAUUUCUUGCUGAGAAGCACUGCGGCCUCACUCAGUCCAUACUGUACCUUAUGAACAAGACGGGCGGCAUGCUGCAGCAGCGAGCGGAGCGAUGGAGGGAGCGUGUGGUGGAGCUGAGGGGGGGCAGGCCUCGCACGAAGAUGCGCGCCGACCCUCAUGCGACGCAGGUGGGAGGGAGACAAUCAGAUGGAGCGUUCUCUCAGGCUACCAGAGGGCAGCAGCCAUGGGCUGUGCUGCCCUCCAGAGGCUCCUCCCCCCAGGCCGUUUGUUCCGCUUCCUGCUCCCCACCUGCGUCCCCUGGGCUGAACAGGGGCAGAUCAGUGAGAGCACUGGCCUCCCACGAUGACUCCGCAAACCCCACACUGCUGCCUUUCUCCCGGGGGCAGGUGGUCACCGUCUUGGUAUCGGAGGUCCUAAACGGCUGGCUAUAUGGCAGGGUGGAGGGGGGCUCAAGGCAGGGCUGGUUCCCCGCAGCAUAUGUUGAACCACUUGAGGAUAGCCCUGAAGCCAGCCACCUCAGCGCCAGCAGCUUCCUUCAAGUGAACACUGGGAGCAGUCAAGACGCAGCUCAGCCCCCUGCUCCGCCUCCAGCCCCGCCCCCUGCUCCGCCUCCAGCCCCGCCCCCAGCCCCACACUUAAAAGGCAGAACCUCUCCAGUAAGGACGGCAGAGUCCACCACUGCCAGCAAGGGACACCUGCCGGAUCUCCAUCCCAGGGGAAGCGACCAUAUUGCGACAGAAACGCUGCGACCCUCAGCUGCUAAUUACAGAUCUGCCCCCCGGAUUCAAUUACACUAAACAUGGGUCUUCAAAAUCUUUUUUUUGACAUCAUAACCCUAAUUUUCUCCUCAAAAAUCACUGUCUGCAUGGACCCUCUGCACUUAUCCAGAUGGACACCUGCUUAAAAAUGUCCUCUGUAAUAGCUCAGCUCUGGCUGCCCGAUGAGAGAAUCGCAGUGGCCAGUGACCAGUAGCCAGUGGCCAGUGGGGCGAUAGGCUCCCCACCACUGCUGCCAUUCGCCUGCAAUUAGUGGAGGUCUGACAGGCUAACUCAGCUGUUGUAUAGCAGGGAGCUGAUUUAUCACAGUCAAUCAGUCCCUCCCUCCCUCACAUUGUUACAUACCGUAAGGAUGUGUGUAUGUGCCGCAAGGUUUUGGGUUUCUUGUCGUACAGUUCAGUGAUUUGCCCCUGGGUCUCCCUCGGCAGAAGUCGUCACUCUCAGCCACUAUGCAGAUAAGGAUAGACGACUCCAAGGCUACCAGCUCUUGCUGACUUUCUUUCUCGCCUUUGCUGUCUGAUUAUUGUGAUUUCUGCCAAUCUGCGUAUGACCCUGGUUUGUUUACUGGUUUUCUCGAUUUUUGUCUUUCCCCUGGUAUUGUCACUAUUUCCCGUUGUAAGCCUCUCUGAUUGCCGACUCGUUUCGCUUGGGCCCUUGACUGGAUUAAGCCCAUUCCCCGUUUCUGACGCUUGUGUUAUUAUUUAUAGUGUGAUCUGGCUCCUACUAUAAGGAGCGACUGCUGUGUCCUUUUGACUUGGUUCUUUUUGUAUGUUUGGUUAGGGAGUUAGGAUAAGUGUUUUGUUUUGAUUUCUUUUCUUGUAUGGAAGUUAGCUGGGUUUUCAGGUGUGUAGGAUUGUUUUGUUUCUUGUGUUGACCUGGGUCACUCCAAAAGUCUGUACAUACACUUUGGUCAGCCACUUGGUAAAUACACCCCUUUUUAUACUGUUCUGUGUACCGUGGUUGUUUUCUCCCCACUCCACAUGACAUUCUGUUGCUCCCCCACCGCUACACUGGGGGGCUUGUAGCACAAGUAUUAGGGCCUAGCAGUGAGGCAGAGUGGCGAGGGCUCAGGCCACCAUUGCAGCAGGGGGCCAAGCCCUGCUGGCUGUAGAUCUGUAAGCUCUCCUGUCUGUCAUGUGGAUUCUGGGUGCAGAAAACAGCCUGUGUGACAUCGGCCACGGUGGCCCGUGUGAGACUGGGCACCCUGCCCCCGCCACUCUUUAUGAAGUGUGUGCGAGACGCUCCCCCCCCCACCACCCCCCGGCUCUUAGACUUCACAGCUCAGCAGAAUCCUGAAAGCAAUGUCAAAUAAAGAGCCGUUCUGAGACCA